UGUUCUUCUGUAAGAUGUCGCCCCCCUCUAAGAACUAUUGGAAGAUGUUCAGACAUGUCCGUGUGCUGCAAAAGCCCCAAGAAGACCCAGGACAGGCAUCAGCCAUGAGGAUCCUCUACCUGCUCUUGCCCUUGUUCCUCCUGCUGGUGCACAGUGCUGCAGGAUCCUCCUUGGCGCCAACAAACAAGAAAGAGUGUCAGAAAGAAAAUGGCUACUGUGGAUUUUUGAGCUGCAAAUACCCCUGGGUCAUCAAAGGAAAAUGUUCCAGGUUCUUCUAUUGCUGCAAAAAUCCCAGGGGCUGAGACCCGGAAAUUCCCAAGCAGGACACGGCCCUCGCUUCUGGCUGCUUCACCCAUCUGCUGAUGUCCCCA